UAUUUACUUUUACCAGCUGGGCCAAAGAUCCAUUCGUGUUAUCACCCACAUCAAAUGGAACGUAACCGGCUGAUCGUCCAUGCACACUUUUGGAUUGCAGACAACCAUCGCAGAAGUAAACAUUAGUCUAGACAAAACAGCCGGUCAAUCCAGUCAGUAUGUCACGAAAGAAUGUUUUGAAUUUAUUAAAUAGUGUUGUUGGUAGCACAUGCAAAUGUCCAGCACAUGCAAGCGGAUAUGGAUCCAGUGUGGCAGCUGCUCAAACUGGCAAAAUGGAGUACGCAUUUGAGAUGUCCUCGUCAACGGUGCGCUUUGGACCUGGUGUCAGCGCCGAACUUGGAGCUGAUCUCCGUAAUGCGGGCACCAAAAACGUUGCUGUGAUCACUGAUCGGAAUGUGGUUAAACUUGCAAGCGUUAAGACAGCUUUCGAAUCCCUAAAAAAAUAUGGCAUCGAAUUUGAUGUUUAUGAUCAAACUCGUGUAGAACCAACCGAUAAGAGCUUAAGAAAUGCUGUUAAAUUUGCGCGUUCCAAGGAUUUUGAUUGUUUUGUGGCCAUUGGUGGUGGUUCCGUCAUUGAUACAUGUAAAGCCGCUAAUCUGUAUUCCUGUGAUAAUGAGGCGGACUUUUUGGAUUACGUCAAUAAGCCCAUUGGCAAGGGCAAAGAGGUAAAUGUUGCGCUGAAACCUUUAAUAGCUUUGCCGACUACAAGUGGAACGGGAUCAGAAUCAACUGGGGCUAUUAUUUUCGAUUACAAGAAAUUGCAUUGUAAAACUGGUAUCUCAAGCAAAUAUUUGAGACCCAAAAUGGCUCUAAUCGAUCCCUUGCAUGCCCUAUCACAACCGGAACGAGUAACCGCCUACAGUGGCUUCGAUGUGUUUUGCCAUGCCCUGGAAAGUUUCACAGCCAUUGAUUAUAGAGAACGUGAAAUGCCCACCGAUCCAAGUUUAAGACCUGUCUACCAGGGACGCAAUCCCAUUUCAGAUGUUUGGGCCCGCUUUGCCCUAAACACGAUACGAGAAAAUUUCAUCGAUGCCAUUUAUCAGCCAGAAAAUUUAAAUGCACGUUCCAAAAUGCAUUUAGCAUCCACAAUGGCUGGUGUUGGUUUCGGCAAUGCCGGUGUCCACUUGCCACAUGGUCUGUCCUACCCAAUAUCGGGUCGUGUGCGUUCCUUCAGUCCCAAUGGCUAUGACAAAGAUCAUCCCAUUAUACCGCAUGGUUUGUCGGUGGUAAUAACAGCGCCAGCUGUAUUUGAAUUCAUCGCUCCCGCUAUUCCCGAACGCCAUUUAGAAGCGGCCCAACUAUUGGGUGCUGAUAUAAGUCAAGCCAAAAAAGCCGACGCUGGACGUAUUUUAGGUGAUUGCAUUCGUGGCUAUAUGCAAAAAGCUGGCAUUGAAAAUGGCCUUAAGGGUCUGGGUUUCAACUCAAGCGACAUUCCCGAUUUAGUUGAGGGAGCAUUGCCACAACAACGUGUCUUAAAGUUGGCUCCAUUCGAACAGACUCGUGAUAACUUAGCAACAAUUUUGGAAAAUUCUUUGGAAGUUUAUUAGUUAACUCACCGUUUGUUUGGAAAUGUGUAUCACUGAUUGCAAUAAAGAUUAGUUUUUGAA